UUGUGUAAAUUUGAAUUAUUUGCAAGUGUAAUCUAAUAAAACUGAAUUUUAGGUGGUAGUUGAAAUGGUUCUGAAUUAGAUUUUUUUAAACGAAUAUUUAUUAUUUGAAAUUUAACAAAUUGAAAUGUUUUUAGGGCUGAAUUUUAUAGACAUGUAUUUUCAAACAGCUAGUUUUUUUGUUCUGAAUUCGUAUACUGCAAAUAUUCAGGUAAAAAAAAUUCAGAUUCAAGUUUUCAAGAUGAAGAAAAAAGGAACUUCAAAUUCAGUUUUCUAAAAUUCAAUGUCAAAAAUUCAAUAUCAAAGAUUCAGAUCUAGGUCACAGGUCAUCCACAGGGAUGAGUAGAUGAUCUCAGAAAAGUCGAACUUGACCCAUACUCCCAAUAGGUGGCGGUAAUGCACCUUAAAGUUGUGUGCCAACUGCCUUUAAAAUAAUAAGAAGAAGCAGCAUUUGUUUUCCAGCGCGAACGUGGUGGUGUUUGGAGAGUCUGAUCAUGAAUCGCCCGGAGGUAAGUGAUUCUUUAACAUAAAUGAGUUUGUGUUUAUAUGUUAGGUUAGCGUUCUUACGCACGUGAGACAUUUGUCUAAGCGGUCUCUGGUGUUUGUUUUAAAGUAUAUUUUGUGUAAAAUUAAUUAGAACGCCACCGUUUCUACUAAUUGACGUUACGCGAGCGGCGCGACACAACACAGUGCUUGAAGCGACUGUGGCAAAGAGCUAGGACUAGGUCAGAAAUAGGAUGGGGAAUCCGUGUGCUGUUGGGGAUUUCACGGGUCGCGUUGCACCGUUCCCGUCCGGUCUAGACAGUGGCGGAGCCAGAGGGCUAAUUGGGGUGGCAAUUGCCACCCCAGCGAAGUCCUUGCCACCCCUGUUGCUACCCCGCUGAAAACUUUACACCGUUUGAUUUUUACGAACAUUUCCCAAAUCUCACAGCGGACGUGACUGCAUCCGCAGCACGCACAAGCAUGCAGUGUGCUGUUGCUGCUACACUUUUCAUUAGGCUUGUUCGACUUCAUGCGGCGCCGCAACCAACAGCCGGAUGACGUCAAAGUUCCGCGAGAGCGAUUUAAAAGCAAACUCCUCCGUAUGAUUUUGCGAAUUGCUCUCGCGGUACUUUGACGUAAUCCGGCGCCGCAUGAAGUCGAACAAGCCUGUUGGUUAAGCUGACACGCAGCUCCUUCGUGCUCCAAAACAUAACGCGACAGCACACACACAGGAUCGAUGAAGAGCGUUUUGAUGGUAUGUCAGCUUUUAUUGGUAUAAAAUUAAACGAAGUACUGUUUUAACGGGAAGUAAGGAGACGUUGCACUGUAGUGCUUUCAAUGAGCAUUAACUUGUGAAACUGACUAAUACUGUCACGCCUGCGUGAAGAUGCUUAAAACAAUAAAAAACAUGUCGUUAGCAAAUGUUCAGCAACAUUCACAGACAUUAGGUAGGCUUAAUUCAUAUUGGCACUUGUAAUGCAGCAUAUUGAACUUAAUAAAACAACCGUGGAUAUAGUACAGGGAUGUAAACAGCGCGCUUUUCGGCGCCUCACGCUUUUUUCACGUCAGUUUGGGUGACUUGGGUCUGAGAGGGUUGGAUUAUAAUUUCACAAAGUCAUCUGAAGCCAUUCCAUAGCUUAAUGUGAGGGACAGAAGUCUAUUUACAUCAUUACAUUAAAGUUUACGAAAACUCGUUCCCUCCUCCCUAAACAUAACAUGUCUAGACGUCUUUAAGCAAUUUUCCUUGUGUUGUCAAAUAGGCUAGACCUCAAUAUACUCAGAUUUUGUCGUAAUGUAUUACUUUAGUAUUUGUAUUAUUAGUAACGGUGUACUUAUGGUAAAUAAUAACAAGCAAAUUGUUCCAAAUGUUGGUUUCUUCAUGAGUUGUGUAACCAAGUUUUCCUUUGUAUAGGGACAGCAGAAUGAAGAGAAAAUGCGAUAUUACCAACUUCUUUCUAAAGAAGCAAAAGUCAGGUCAGGUGCAGAUCAGGGCCAAACAGAUCCCAGACCCAGUUGUUCUAUUUUUGCUGUAUACUUAAUACAUAUAUAAUUUUGUACAUUUUGGAAAAUAAACAACUUUAAUUUAAUUUAUAUACAUUUUGUGGAAAAUAAUUUAUUUUUAGUGUAAUUGAACACUUUGUAUCUUGACCCCCCAAAAUAAUACCUUGCCACCCCUUUGCCACCCCUGUUUUAAAAGUCUAGCUCCGCCACUGGGUCUAGACUGCGUCGUACAUGUAAGCAGACGUGACUUUUUCACGAGACACCACUAGCCUUGUCAACCUUCCACUGGGAAGGUCCUUGGCUGUGAGCAGUAGCGGAAGUUUAACUAUUUCGUCUGUAAUGUUAGAUGGCUGCACAAUAUAUCACAUGCGAUUUAUCGUCCAGCCCUACUGCAAAGACAGUCUUUAUUACCGAGUCAGUCAUCAGUCAGUAGACAAGACUUUAAAAUUGAAAGUACAAUUGCAUUAUGUAAGCUUCUUGUAAGACAUUUAAUGGCUAAUUCACACUCCGAACUGCAACAAUGAGUUGUCACAGACCGUCGUGUUCAAACAAUGGCUAUCUGUUGUCCUGAAUGAUACAGUUAACUUACUGCCCUUAUAAAAAUGUUUAAUAAAUUAUGUACAACAUGGUUAGCUACUAAGUCUUCCAAGUGAAGUCCCCCAUUAGCACUAACUAUUUUGAAAAUGUAAUUUAUGCAGUCCUUUACCCAAGUGCUGGCACUGUAGCUAACUUAAGCCUUUAUUGUUACAGGAACAGAUACUUCUAGAUCUCAUAUGGGAAAGACUUCGCUCGCGUUUGGAGCAUGCACUUGCCAGGAUGCCUGUGGAUUUGGACUUUUUAGAAUAUAUAUGUGUUCAGGAGUUGGUGUUCCUCAGUGCCAUAUCCCCCCAGGUCAUCAUUCCUGUUGAUAUAUGGGAAGGUUUGACCGGUCUGCACCAUGCAAUUACUUUAGAAAGGCAAAGAAAUGAGACGCAUGUUGUGACAGCGCACUUUGAACAAGGUAGUUGUGGACGACCAAAAGCAGUCAUUGGUUGUGAAUAUCUCACCAGUUUGCUUGAGAUGAACUUACCAGUGAGGUGCAUUGCCUCUCUUCUGGGGGUAUCUGAACGGACUGUACAUAGACGACUGGCAGAGUUCAACCUAUCAGUUAGAUCACUGUAUAGUUCGCUAACAGACAGUGAACUAGACACAUUAGUGUCUUCUAUUAAGUCCAGAAUGCCAAACUCUGGGUACAGGAUAGUGAAGGGAGCUUUGAAAUCUGAAGGGCACAAGGUACAAUAUGAGCGGGUGAGGGCAUCACUUCAUCGAGUGGACACACUGGGAGUUUUAUCCAGGAUGACAGAGCUGGGUUGUGUUGUACGGAGGAGAUAUUCAGUCCCAGGUCCCAAAUCAUUGAUGCACAUUGACACGAAUCACAAAUUAAUAAGGUAUAACAUCGUCUUGUUUGGAGGGGUGGAUGGCUUUUCGCGAAAGAUAAUGUACCUUGGGGCUGCCACAAACAAUACAGCAUUAACAGCACUGACCUUCUUCCAAGAGUCUGUGGAAAGAUAUGGCUUUCCUCUCAGGGUCAGAGGGGACCAUGGGGUGGAGAAUGUGGACAUUGCACGUUUAAUGUUCACAAUUCGUGGAACAGGGAGAAGCAGUUUCAUUUCAGGAAAAAGUGUCCACAACCAAAGAAUAGAGAGACUGUGGAGAGAUGUGUGGACUGCAGUGACCAGUGUGUACUAUAAUGUGCUACACUAUCUUGAGGAGGACAACUACCUUAAUAUUGCAGACCAAACACAUCUCUUCUGUUGCCACUAUACAUUCCUACCAAGGCUACAAGAUGAUCUGAACUUUUUCCGAGAUGGGUGGGAUAAUCACCCUUUGAGAACAGAACACAACAUGUCUCCAAACCAGCUCUGGGAACUGGGUCAGUUUCACUAUCCAGUUGAUGAUCCCCCAAACGAAGAGGAAAUGAACAUUGCCGAGAUUGAUUGGGAAAGCAGUGGGUUGCCUCCUGAUGAAAACGUUGGUGUUAACGUUCCGACUGUACAAUGUCCACUUACACCAGAGCAACUUACUGCACUGAAGGAGACAGUGGAUCCUAGGUCACCAUCACAAUCCUAUGGGAUAGACAUUUACAUGGCUGCAGUGCAGUUUUGCCAAGCACUUGAAUGACACAUUAACUGCUGAAACAAUUUGAAUUUAUUUGCUGGAAAA